CAUCGUUUGCAGAGUGUAGAAGUAAUCACAUUUGUCUAUUAAUAUCAGUAUAUUAUUUAGUGUGCCAUAUGUUAUGUAAACAGAAAGCUUCCUGGAGUGGAAAGCGACAACGUUUUACGAAACAUUAACCUUGAAUCAGUCGCGACAUGCUGAAGUCAUUCAAGCUUCUCUUCAACUGUAACCUGGUGUUAUCACGCUCCUGCUCUGGAUAUGUGUCUCGAACGAGGUACCUUAUGAGACUAAGAGAGGAUGAUGAGGCAUAUCGAGAAGCACUGAGGUCUGGAAACUUUCUUCUGUAUCAUAAGCUUGCUCCUCUACUGCAGAAGACCAACAGCGGCGUUUACAAACUGGCAUGUCUGAAAACCUCAGAUUUGGAACACGUACUGGAGAAGGUUGGAAAGGACAAACACUUUAUUAACGAAUCUUUUCUUCUGGGAUACACUGACAAGAGUGAACCACAAUUCUCACUAGAAGUGGGUGAUUUAGACCGCAGUGCAUUGGAACAGGAGUGUAGAGGAAUGUUUGUGGACCUCAGGAAAGCUUUCUUCAUGUUAACUGGACUAGAGUCUGCUCUAGUAGCCAAAGGACAGGCUCUCCUUCGAUGGCAUCAGACCAAUGGCUUUUGCAGUGCUACGGGGCAGCCGACUGUCCGGAACCAGUCUGGAAGUUUCAGAGUUUGCCACAGCAGUGGCGUCACCUACUACCCCAAAAUGGCACCUGUAGUGAUCGUGCUGGUGUCUGAUGGGAGCAGAUGUCUGCUGGCUCGCCAGGCCAUGUUUCCUCCAGGCAUGUACAGUGCACUCUCUGGCUUCUGUGACAUGGGAGAGUCUUUGGAGGAAGCCCUGCACAGAGAGGUGGCAGAAGAGGUGGGUCUGGAGGUGGAGAACCUACAGUAUUCUGGAUCACAGCACUGGCCAUUCCCACAAAGCUCCUUUAUGUUAGCCUGCCACGCAACUGUUAACCCAGACAAAACGCAGGUGAAUAUAGACACGGCAGAGCUUGAGGAUGCUCGCUGGUUCACUUUUGAAGAAAUAACUGAAGCUCUACAGAAACCUCCACGCAACCCUAAAGGAGAGCCACCUGUGUUCUGGGUCCCACCUCCUUAUGCCAUAGCCAAUCAGAUCAUUCAGGAAUGGGCCAAUCAGCAACAGCUAUCAAGAAAAUGACAUGAACUAAAGUAACCAUGCAACUAUAUGCAUUGGAUCUAGGAACUUAAAGAAAAAAUAGAUAUGAAAUCCUGAACAAAAUGUAUUUGCUGUUAUAACCACAAGACACCGAGGUGGACUACUUGUGAAAGGAUCUUCAGUAAUAUUCAAAGAAUGACUUUUCUCAUA